AUGCCAGCAGUAGAGACAUUGGGAUGCGUGACUGUGAUCUGUUCUGAUAAAACGGGUACCUUAACUAAGAAUGAGAUGACGGCGACAUGUGUGGUGACACCAGAAGGGCGACGAGCAGAGGUGACCGGAAUUGGUUAUGUGGUAGAUGGAGGGCGAUGUACCUAUGAAGGGGAACCAAUCAUGGGUUACAGCCAUCAGGAGUUUGCAAGCAUCAUCGAGACUGGACUUGAAGGAUGCCGGCAACAUUACAAACGGGUUCGCGAAAUGCCCUUCAGUUCAGAUACGAAGUACAUGUCUGUCCAGUGCGAUCAGAAUGGGCAAACAGUAUUUUUUGUGAAAGGCGCAUUGGAUCGGAUAUUACAACUUUGUGAUUCCUAUCUGUCGAGCGAUGCUACGAGAAAGGUGAAUUUUUUGUUAAUGUGUCUUAUGUCGCAUAUUUGGACUGCUUCAUAAGG